AUGGCCGAAUUCAAGAAGAAGAUGAUCAGAGUUUUGAUUCAAGACUGCCACUCUCGCAUCCGUAAGUACCGACGAGAGAUAGAACAGCAUUUCUCCACUUGCCAGUUGAUAUUUACUGAACACGAGAUGGAAGUCCUGGAAGCGACCGUACUCAGUAGUGCACAUUGCCACCGCAGGUUGCGCGACAGCCAACUGCUUAAGAAGUUUGAAAGAAUAAGUCCACCAACGCCGCCCCUUACUGAUAGUGUCCUGGUUCACAACUUCUCCUCUCGUCAUCUCACGCAGCAACAGCUGGCGGUUUUGUCCUAUGACACUAAAUUCAACACGAGAGAUGCUCGACCAGAAGACUUCAUCGCAUCCUUCGAAUCAGCGCUCCAAAAGUGUGAGGCAAACGAAGAGGGCGAAAAUUCCAUGCGGCAACAAGUGUCAAACCUUCUCCUCCGGCACAAACCUCAGAGGGCGAUUUCCGAAACUGAAGACCAAGAGCUUCUGAGAAUUCGGAAGAUGAGGGAUAUCGUCACCCUGCCCGCCGACAAGGGACGCUCGACUGUUGUCAUGGAUAAGACCGAUUACACGACGAAACUGCAAAGUCUGUUGGAGGACCAAGGUGCCUAUGAGCUUUCGGAGACUGGAGAGUUCAAGAAGCACGUGAAUAGCGUAAACAGAGCAAUAGACAAGUUGAGGAAGGCAGGAGCCCUCAAAAGAAAUGAGGCAUGGACGGCAAAAGCCACAGAUGCCGCCAUGGCGCGUUUCUACGGCCUGCCAAAAGUGCAUAAGCCAGGAGUUCCCCUACGCCCCAUAGUCUCCCUACGCGGCACCCCGACAUUUGGACUCUCAAAAUGGCUUUACCAACGGUUUCGUUUCCUCACCGAGGGCUCGGAAUGGACGGUGAAGUCGGCUGAAGAAUUCCUGAAAAGUAUCAGGAACCUAGAAAUAGAACCAGAUGAGGUGAUGGUAUCGUUUGACGUGGUCUCAUUAUUCACGUCCAUUCCAACCGGCCUCGCUAUCAGCACAAUUGACGAGCUUCUUUAG